AUGGUCGCAGACGCCCUUGUUUACCACCCCUCGGUGGCCCACUAUCUCAAGUUUGUCGCCACAACCGUCGGUCGCGAUAAGCUCCUCCGCACCCUUCAGUACUUUGCCCGCUUCUAUGCUUGGUACCUUUUCCGUACCAAUGGCUCCAAGGCCGAAAUUGCCCCUUGGGAUGCCAUGAAGAAACAGUUCGGUGUCACACGCAAGAUCAUGCGCGUAGGCAAGAAUGUCGAGCACUUCAAAGCCGCCGCCGUCGCCUCUGAUGCCAAAACCAUGGAUCCCGUCCUGCGCUACGCCUCUGUGGGCCGCCAGCUGGGCUACGCUGGCUACCUGACAUUUGAUGCCGCUACUGUGCUGGACUCUACGGGCAUCAAGAAGUGGGAAGGCGCCAAGAAAUUGCAGAAGGAGGCCUACCGCUUCUGGGCCAUUGGUUUGAUCUGCAGUGUCAUUGCUCAAACCUAUACCUUGUACCGCCUCCAGCAACGCGAGGCUAGGGUUGACAAGAAGGAGGGAGAAGGUGUCGUCGAGGCUAAGAGAAUAGCUAUUGAACGCGCCGCCAGCCGCCUCCAGCUUGUCUCCGACCUUUGCGAUUUGACUGUACCUACAUCUGCCCUUGCUUGGGUGGGCUUCGACGACGGCAUCGUCGGUCUCGCCGGUACAUUGAGCAGUUUGAUUGGCGUGUAUACCCAAUGGAAGAAGACGGCAUGA